AUGUCUGAGAAGGGCAGCACUGAAAACCUGAAAGAAGAAACAUCGUACGAAGAUGAGAAGAGUCAGAAAGCAGAGGAACUUGGCUGUGCUGAGAGCAAUGAAGAGAGAGAGCAAGACCCUGAGCCUGUGCCUAUGACCCGGAAAAGACCUGAGCCCAAACCCCCAAGCCAGCCAGCUGGCACAGAAAAGCCUGCAGCUGAAACCCUCAAGGUCUCAGAUUCUUCUGCUGCAGUUCAGACAGGAUGGGGGUACUGGGGAAGCUGGGGCAAGUCUCUUCUGUCAACUGCAACUGCUACUGUAGCCACUGUAGGUCAAGGUAUUUCAAAUGUCAUAGAAAAAGCAGAAACAACCCUUGGGAUCCCCAGUCCUAGUGAAAUCUCCUCAGAGACAAGAGAUGCUACAAGAGGAAGUGAGAAUCCUGGUGCUAGCAGUCCAGAUGCAGUUGAUGAUGGCAGUUCCUUUCCUAUUGCUGGGGCUCUUGGAGUUCUAUCAACCAUCUCUACUGCUGUCCAAAGCACAGGAAAAAGUGUUAUUACUGGAGGUCUGGAUGCCUUGGAAUUUAUUGGGAAAAAGACAAUGGAUGUAAUAGCUGAGGGAGACCCUGGAUUCAAAAAAACAAAGAGCCUAAUGAACAGGAGCUCUACGUUAUCUCAGGUUUUACGAGAGGCAAAGGAGAGAGAAGAGCAGCAGACAGCUACUGAGGUUGCCAUGGCUACGGAGAAGAAAGCCCAUUAUGGGUUACUGUUUGAUGAGUUUCAGGGUCUUUCGCAUCUGGAGGCCUUAGAGAUGCUUUCCAGAGAGAGUGAAUCAAAGGUGAAAUCAGUUCUAAAUGCCUUCUCUGGAGAUGAGCUGGACACACUGAAGGAGGAAAUGGAACAACUCAAAGAAGCAUUUUCUUUACCUGAGUUCUUUGAAGAAGAAGAGGAAGAAAAGAAAGGAGAUGAGGAGUUCAGAAAAGAAGUAACAGAGUUGUUUUCAGAAUUGCGUAUCUCCUCCAAGCCAGACAAACUGAUCAUGGUGAGGACAUCUGCUCAUGAAUGGAUAGCACAAUUCAACAGUAGUCUUCCUAAGGAAGAAGAAGAGAGUGAAGGAAAGGAAGAAGGAGAACCCAGAGAUCUUGAACAUCACGCAAAAAAAUCAGUAGAGGAUAUUCACGCGUUUGCCAUAAGAAGUCUGGCUGAGCUGACAGCCUGCUCCAUUGAAAUGUUUCACAAAACUGCAGCUUUGUUUCUACAUGGUCAGAGACAAGAGGUGACAGCCACAGACAGAGCCAAGUCCCUUUCACAAAUGACGAUUGUGCUGUGUAAAGAGCUGUCAACUUUCUCUAAAGAGUUUUCUAUGUGCUUAACGACUGCAGGGGUCAAAGAGAAAGCAGAUGUGCUUAAUCCCUUAAUCACUGGAGUGUUUUUGGAGGCUUCAAACAGUGCUUCAUAUAUCCAAGAUGCCUUCCAGCUCUUGCUGCCUGUGCUGCAGAUCUCUCUUAUUGAGGCUAGAACGGAACUAUCGCAGCAAUAGAAAUCCUUCUAAUUAAGAACUUUGUGACCUUCCCACUUCAUAGUUUCCAUGCUGGAGAAUGAUGUAAUGGCUGUUAUUAAAGGGAAAAAGAUUAACUCUGAUCUCUGCUGCUGCAAGGACGGUGAUUAAAUGCAGUCUGGCAAUGACAGCUCUUACAGCACAUUGUGAGAUGUGAUUAGCAUAGUCCAGGCGGGUGGACAACGUGACAGACUUAAAGGGCAGAUUUCUUCUCCGUUUUCAUGGACUAUCUGGAUCUUUUCACUGAAAUCCCUCUGCUGUAUGUGUUAACAAGCUCUUUGGAGAAUCUCUCUGGACUGUGAAGACAAUGCUGGAGAAAAGAGUAGCAGCUGGCUAGUUAAAGAGUUAGCUAAAAUCAUGGUGUGAUUUUUAAGUCAGA